CCCCGCCAGCUCACUCAGCCGGCGGGCGGCAGAAGGCGCAGGCCCCCUGUCCCCAGUCUGCCCCCAGCGUCCCUUGGGGACAGGGAACUUCGCGUUCCGCUGCGGAGCCGGGCCUCUGAAUUGGGAAGUGGGGGCAAAGCAAGGCAGAGAAACCGAGCCCUUGAGUCUCUGGGUGCCGCGGGGGCCCGAGAAGCUUUCUUUCGAUGCCCAGGAUAAUCGUUGCUUCUCCUCCCCACUGGCCUGAAUGGAUCGCUCCGCUUAUCCCCCCCCCCGCUCCUAGGGCGCAGUGGAACGUUCCACUGCCCCUCCGGUCCCGGGCCGCGUUACGGGGGACGCUGGCACCGUUGCCAGGGAAAGCCCCGGACGUGACGGCUUUGCGCGACCCCGAGCAGCCCUCGCCGCUCCCACCCGUCGUUCCCCGGCGCGCUGUCCUCUCACACCCCCUUGCCUUCCUCGCGGGUUCCAGGCUAUCGAGAAGUAAACAGCGGGAGGACAGAGGCCUACGGAAGCGGGCCAGGCGGGAGCAUGCUGGGACUCGGUGGGCAGCGGCUGCCCUGCGCCUGGGUCCUGCUCCUGUUGCCGUUCCUGCCGCUGCUGCUGCCCGCAGCCCCCGCGCCGCACCGCGCUGCCUACAAGCCGGUCAUUGUGGUGCACGGGCUCUUUGACAGCUCGUACAGCUUCCGCCACCUGCUGGAAUACAUCAACGAGACACACCCUGGGACUGUGGUGACAGUGCUAGAUCUCUUCGAUGGGAGAGAGAGCUUGCGGCCCCUGUGGGAACAGGUGCAAGGGUUCCGAGAGGCUGUGGUCCCCAUCAUGGCAAAGGCCCCUGAAGGGGUGCAUCUCAUCUGCUACUCUCAGGGGGGCCUCGUGUGCCGGGCCCUGCUCUCUGUCAUGGACGAUCACAAUGUGGAUUCUUUCAUCUCCCUUUCCUCACCACAAAUGGGACAGUAUGGAGACACAGACUAUCUGAAGUGGCUCUUUCCCACCUCCAUGCGGUCCAACCUCUACCGGAUCUGCUAUAGCCCCUGGGGCCAGGAAUUCUCCAUCUGCAACUACUGGCACGACCCUCACCAUGAUGACUUAUACCUCAAUGCCAGCAGUUUCCUGGCCCUGAUCAAUGGAGAGAGAGACCAUCCCAACGCCACUGCAUGGCGGAAGAACUUCCUUCGUGUGGGCCGCCUGGUGCUCAUUGGAGGCCCUGAUGAUGGUGUUAUUACUCCCUGGCAAUCCAGCUUUUUUGGAUUCUAUGAUGCAAAUGAGACGGUCUUGGAGAUGGAAGAACAACUGGUUUAUUUGCGUGACUCUUUUGGGUUGAAGACUCUCUUGGCACGGGGGGCCAUAGUGAGGUGUCCGAUGGCCGGGAUCUCCCAUACAACCUGGCACUCCAACCGCACCCUCUACGAUACCUGCAUCGAACCCUGGCUCUCCUGAGGGUGUUCUUGGGUCCCUAGGACCGCCCCAGCGCAGAGCCCCAGCGGUGGUCUUGGAAAGCAGUCAAGCUCUGGCAUGCCUGUGGCCACCUCACGGCUCCCACACUGCCCCUGCCAACCAGGGCUCCCAGAACCUCCGCCCCCACCCCCCGCCCCCCGGCCCUGCUCUCCCGUGAAUGACAGGUCCUUGUCUUCCCUACCUCACGUCCUCUUGUCGGGGGCUGCUCCAUGCUCUCCCUUUCUCCCAGAGCUGAGGUUGGGAAGUGGGAGGCAGGUUUUUAACUUGUGACUGCUGCUGCUGCUGCUCCAGAUCUGGCUGUACAGGAGGAGAACGCAGCCCCUGCCCACCCCAGGGGCCUCCCUCCAGGCCACUCAGGACAUUUUUAGCUUCUGUCCUCUCAUGUCCCCUUUUCCUCUGGACUGCCCUGUUCGUCAGCCUUCCUCACCCCCAAGAGAGACCACCCAUGGGAGUGGGGUUCUGAGGCUCCCCUAUGGGGACAGUUAUGUUGUUGAAGUGUCAGUGUUGGGGAAUAUCUGUGGCCUGUGAGGCCCAUCUCAGGUUUGGGGAUCCCCCAGUCCCUAUGAUCAGUGUUGGGGUACCCCUGGGAGCCUAGUUUCUUUGAGGCCCCAGCCCCUCUUUUAACUACCCUCAAAUGGGUAUUACUCCUGUAUUUAUGGGAAUAAAGUUCCAUUUCCGCA